UGUGUUUCCCGCACCGUCAAUCAAAAUAGAAAAAAUAGACUCGAUUCAGCGAUCGCUGCCCGCCUCCGAAUAAUAUAAUCAUGCUUGGCGUGUAAUUAAAUCGAGAUUUUUUUUCCAUUAAAGUAAUUCAAGUAAUGACUGAUAGCGGAUCUAUUUGUGCUCAGUUUGUCGAAGUAUUCUUUGUUGUGGUCGGAGAGUUGAGCUGGCAGUACGUCCGACUGAGCUGUUGUGCUUCGUGUCCGCGUACCGUGCCUGUGUACAGCGCCCAAACAGCCGGGGAGACAAGAGGAAAUGGCUGCCUUAGACGUGGACAGCAGUCAAAGCGAGUUUCUGCAGCAAGAUGGUAGCAGGGGAGAUCAGACUGCGGAUUCAGGAUCAGUGCAGCUAACAAGCUCGUCAGAAAGAUGGGAUGGAGUCAAGGAUGACUCAAGCAUUGUGCAGCUGCCCACCGGGGGCAUAGUAACCUCCAAUGGGCAGUAUGUUCUUCCCAUUCAGGGCCUUCAGGGCCUCCAGAGCCAGCCCAUUUUGCUAACGUCAGGGACAGACUCCUCCAACAGUGCCGUGCCUAACAUCCAGUACCAGGUUAUUCCUCAGAUCCAGACCACUGAUGGGCAGCUUGGGUUCUCUACUUCAACAGUAGAUGGUGCCUCGCUGGCUCAGGAUGCCUCAGGGCAGAUCCAGAUCCUCCCUGAUGGCUCUCAGGCUAUCAGUGUAGCUGGAAACGGCUCGAACCUCAUGGCUCAGACUGGCCAAGUGCAGCAAAUCCAGGGAGUCACGCUGGGAAGCUCAGCCUUUAACAGUCAGGGGCAGGUGGUUGCUAAUGUGCCUGUGGGUUUGCCUGGGAAUAUUACCUUUGUGCCCAUUAACAGUGUAGAUCUGGAGUCACUAGGGCUCUCCGGGGCACAGACGAUAGCCACUGGGUUGACUGCUGAUGGACAGCUAAUUAUGACUAAUCAGACAGUGGAAAACACAGAAGGCUCAGAGAAAACAAGAGAACAGCUAUCACAGCAAACACUAGUGGUCAACAACACUAAUGCAGCAGCAGAGAUGUUUGUGCCUACCACAUCGACCUCAUCAUCAUCGUCAUCAUCAUCAUCGCAGUUGCCCGCCAGCACAAUCGAUGGUACAGGUGUGCUGACACAGGGCACGGCUGAGCAGACUGAAGGAUUCCUUACUCAAAGUCAGGUGCAAGCGUCCACAGGGCAGCAGGUGAUCCAGCUGCAGCAGGUGCCACUUCAAAGCAGUGAUGGGCAACUAGGGCAGCAACAAAUAAGUGCCCAAGGUCAGCAGCCUCUCCAGAACGUCCAGCUCAUCAACCCAGGGACCUUUAUCAUUCAGGCACAGACUGUCACACCAUCAGGCCAGAUACAGUGGCAGACCUUCCAGGUUCAGGGUAUUCAGAACCUCCAGAACCUGCAGCUCCAGACAGCCCCAGCCCAACAGAUAACAUUAGCCCCAGUGCAGACCCUCUCUUUAGGUCAGGGAGCUACACUCAGUACCACUCCGGUUAGCAUCAGCUCUGGGCAGAUUCCCAACCUGCAGACAGUCACGGUUAAUUCGGUGGAUCACGCGGGGCUCCAUCUCCAGACCGACGACACAGACAGCCCUGGAGAUAUUCGGAUAAAGGAGGAGCCAGACUCAGAAGAGUGGUCUCUUGCUGGUGACUCCACUCUGAAUACUAAUGACCUGUCUCACCUGCGUGUGCGCUUAGUAGAAGACGAGAUGGAGGGCCUGGGCCAGGAGGGCAAACGGCUGCGCAGGGUCGCCUGUACCUGCCCCAACUGCAAAGAGGGAGGAGGAAGGGGCGCCAACAUGGGGAAGAAGAAGCAGCAUGUCUGUCAUAUAGCAGGCUGUGGGAAGGUGUACGGGAAGACUUCUCACCUGCGAGCUCACCUGCGCUGGCACUCGGGAGAGAGGCCUUUUGUCUGCAACUGGAUGUUCUGCGGCAAGAGAUUUACACGCAGCGACGAAUUGCAAAGACAUCGGAGAACACAUACAGGUGAGAAGAAGUUUGUGUGUCCCGAGUGCUCAAAGCGCUUCAUGCGAAGCGACCACCUGGCCAAGCACAUAAAGACGCAUCAGAAGAAAGGCAGCGGUGGUGCAGUGGUGGCAAGCGUGGACACCUCCGUCUCCUCCGAUAGCAUCAUCACCUCAGGAGCUACCACACUCAUCCUCACCAACAUCCAGCCAGGUGCCGUGCAGGGCCUUGCUACCGUUAACGCUACUGUUAACACAUCCACCUCGCAGGAGCUGCUCACUACAACAGAGAUCCCACUGCAGCUAGUCACCGUCGCAGCCAGUGAAGCUGCAGAGUGACACGAACACACAGGAGCUGAGCGACUAACACCGAGGACAUUCUCAGUUGUCAGGAAAGAGACUGCUUCACAAGGAUUCAAGUAAACUUUUUAAUAGACUGCCAAGGUUGUGUUGCUUUGGGCAUAGUGUCAUUAUUAUCUUCACCUAUCUCUUCCUCCUGGAUAUCAGUUUGACCACAAGACUUCUCUUCCUCGAAUUUAUCCUGCUUUUUAUACCCACACAGAUUAUUCUCAUUUACGUAAAUAUAUUAGUUUACGUAAAUGCACAUAUAUAAAAAUAUAUUUUACAAAUAUAGAAUAUCGAUUUAUGUUUGUCUGCAGUUUUUUAUGGCAAGAAUGGAACAGAAGAAAAAACGUCGAAAGUGGUUUCCAUAUUAAAAGAAAAAAAAAGAAACACUGAAAUGCCUUAUUUUGUAUCAUACUCAUGUGUAAAACAGUAGAGUUGCUGAUGAGCUUUAAAGCAACUGUUAUGACAUGUAUGUGUUUGAAUGGGAGUAACCUUUAUAAAGGAAGCUAGGUCUGGUCAAUGGGAGUGAUGUUAAUCUAAAAUUAUGGCUAGUUUAGGGUAUGUUGUGGCAUUAGCUGGCCACGCUUGUAAGGGAUGAUGUUCAGGGUAGAACAUUAGAAUGAAGUGUGCCACUCUGGUGCUGGGCGUUAUGAAGUUCUUCAUGUCCAAAUGUGUCUUUAAUGUACGUGUUUCUGAUGCUUUUCUCUCAAAACAUGCAUAUAUAUUUUCUUUCAACGUGGUCCUUUUGUUUAGUUCAAUCAAGGCUCUGCGAAGCUCCUUCACUUUAAGCUGAAGCGUUGAGAGGAAAAUGAUAAAAAUGAAAAACAAUCAAUGUAAUUAAAAAAACUUUUUUUCUUCUUCAACCUCUUACAGUUGAUCAGAUGUUAUGCAUUUGUUAAGUCUUUUUGAGCAAGACAAUAUUUAUAUGAGGCUUUGCAUAGUAAACUGGUUUUGUGGUGUCUACAUCUCUUAAAUGAGCUUUUUUUUAUUUUUUAAAUAUGUAUAAUAAUUCCAGUGUGUCAUUUUUUUUUUUUUUUCCUAAUACUGAACUAUCUAAACUGAAUCGUUAUCAGAAAUGUUUGAUAAGAAAUCGGCAGAGUUGUUGUUUGGAAGUUGGUGAAAUGUCACUUUCGCAUGAUUUAUCUGGAGGUGCCUGGAGUUGUGUGUGUUUUUAGAGCUGUACCACAUGGUGAUCCAUUAGGAAUAGGUAAUACUCGAUUACAGGUAUGCUGUGCCGUCGGUGUUAAAGCUGUUUGGACCAAAUUCAAUCAAAUCACUUUUAAACCACUUUAAAAGAGAUAUUGACUAAUUCUCCAAAUCAUCAUGUAACAACAAAAUAUUGACAGCCAGUUCUGUACAGGAACACAGAAUUUCAACUUGUUUCGAGUUUUUUGGUUCUUAUGGGUUCUGCAGGAUUUUGAAUGACUUUGUUCUGAUCUGCCAUAGCCAUGAUAGGAGAAAGCUGGGGUACUCCUGAUAUGAGAUCCUGCUCAGAGAGGAAAACAAACGUCCAUUUUCAUGUGCAAAUACACUUGUUUAUUCUUGGUAUAUACUCACAGUUUGAUAAUGAACUUUUUUAUAAAGAGAGCAUAACUGUUUUAUAUACUUCACAGGUUGCUGAAGGACAUAUUUCUUGCCCUCCGUAUGCAGUUUGUUUUUCAAGCGAUGGUGUAGGAAUAUUUCCCUCUUUAUCUCCAGGAUUGUUUUUGCACUUUCAUAUGAUGGAUUAUUCCAAGUAAUCCAGACAUGAAAUAUGAGUUCAGUUGCCAGUCUCUUUUAGGAGUUUCAGCUAUUAAGGGUGAGAAAUUUAAACAUGCUAAUGAUGAUCCAUGCUAAACUACCCAACCUUGCUGAAACAGAUAAUGUCAUUAGUUAAGUGUAAUUGAUGAAACACUAUUUUGUUUUCUGAAUAUUUUUUUUCUAUUUACUUCCUACUAUUUGCAUUUUUAAUAUGUUGCCCUAGUUUGUGAGGUCAAAUAUAAUUUUUGUUCACUAUAAAUAGCAUUGUAAUGUCUCUUGUAUUGUUAUUUGGUCUUUUUUUUCUGAAAAAGCUUCAAACUAUUGUACAAUGCCCACUUUUGAGGGCAGCUUUUUAUUUCACACUAAAAUUACUAAAAAGAA